GAAAAUAUUGUCAUUAUCAUAAUCAUCAUCAUCAUCAUUCAUCACAGAACUGAUUGAUGACAUUAUCACCAUGGAAUCAUUAAGUUACUAGGAUACAUACAUUAUCAUAAGGGGAAAAAGAUUUGUUUCAGAUAAUAAUACUAUUUCUGAGAGUUUGUGGAUAAUUAAUAUAUUAUAUCUUCAUUUUAACAUUAUUGAUAAACAUGGAAUUCAUGAAUAACUCAUGUUUACUUUUGCUGAUCUUGUUCACUUUUCUGUUCUAUACUAAAAGUAAUUUUGUACUUCGUCCAACAAAUCAAAUUACUUAUGCUGGAUCUACAAUACAACAUGCAUGUAGUGUUAUGACUACACCAGUUUUUAUUGAAUGGUAUUUAAAUACUAAUAAAAUUGGAAGUUGCCUAUUUCAAACCAAUACAACUACAAAUACUUUUGGUGAUCCUAAAUUUCAAAUUAUUAUAGGACAGUAUACAGAGAAAUUAUUGCCAAUAUGUCAGCUUAUCGUCACGAAUAUUGAUUUUGUCGAUACUGGUGAAUACAAAUGUAAAACUAUUCAUCAUGAUUCUGAAAGUGAUACAGCUUCAGCUUAUAUUCUUGUUUCAUAUCCUAUACGAAAACUUGAAUUACACAUAGACAAUGAAACUUCUCUAUCAGUUGGUCAACGUACUUAUAUUGAAUGUCAAGCACGUGCUGGAAAACCUGCACCACAAAUUCGUUUGAAUUUAGGUGGACUGCCUAUAUCUGAAGCACGAGUUGUACAAAAAGUAGAUGUUGAAGGUUAGCCAAUAACAAUAAUGAUAUCAAUAUUAACAAUGCAUCUCCCUAUAUUAUUUAAAAUUAACAUGUAUUGAUACGCUUGAAUAAAAAGGUAAACUUUACUCAAACUUGUAAUUAAAAGGCUUUAUCGUGGUCAUCUGCUAUGGAUGUACUGUGGUGUCGGUUAUUAUGUUAAGUCCAUAUACCUUAUUCUAGCUUCCGGACAGCCCAUUCUAUUCAUUCUACUUGAGUCACGUUCUGACCUUGUUAUUUAUUCGCUUAUCGAUCUUGACUUUUUUUGUGUACAUUUCUUAUCCCAUUACUAAUCACAUGUCUGUAACUUUUGUGUAACUAUAAAUAUUGAUUAACGGUUGGUUAAAUGGGAGUUGGUUUACCAGCCAUCUCUACUGCGUGUCGUUUCUCUUCUAUUACAUUCACUUCAUAUACAAAAUAUAUGUAUUCGAAAGUCUAUUCUCG